AUGGAGAAAUUGUGGAGCUUCUCGUCAAGAUCCAGUAGUAGUAUUGUUGAAACCGACAGGCUACCAUGGGAAGAAGAAGAACAUGAAGACAAUCUCCAUGACCAAUUAGAUCAUACCAUCCCUCUCUCACAAGUUUUACAAGAUGUCGAUUCUUUUCUCAAUACCGCAACAACUCCAGCUUCGGAUGAACUUCCCGAUUGUGUUCCUGUGUUGCACAAAUUGUUGGAAUCUAUGAUAGAUAAAUACAAUAAACAAGCAAGAGGGACAACAAGAAUUAACUUUGGGCGAGAUCCAGAGAAUGAUAAGUCUUUUCUAGAUGCGAUCGAACGCGUCUUCAAGCUCUCUAUCACCUCCAGUUUGAGUCAUCCCUGUUUAGAUAAAGCAAUGUUUAUUUUAGAAAGUGAUAUUUGUUCUCUUCUGCAACGCCCCAAAUCCAAAAUAUACAGAUCAACAUCAACACCAACACCGCCGCCUAGGAAAUCCGCCUCCUCUGGUUCCCUUCAGCUGCAUUUUCAACUUCAAGACGACAGGGAUUCCUUAAGGGAUGACGACGAUGACGACGACGACGGUGACUUAUUGCCUAAUUUCUCAUUACAGGAAAUUUCCAUUCUGAAUAAUAUUACCACUUCCAUGAUUACUGCAGGCUAUCAGAUAGAGUGUUGCAUGGCCUUUACCGUUUUCAGGAGAAACUCUUUCAAAAAUGUGUUGCAAAAAUUGGGUUACGCGUUUCCAAGGAUGGAGGAGAUUUAUAAAAUGAAAUGGGAGUUGCUGGAAGGACAGAUUGUCACGUGGAACAAAGUGUUUCGGCAUUGCACCAAUGUACUCUUCAAGACCGAAAGAAAGUUAUACGAUACAAUAUUCUCAAACCAACCUUCUCUGUCUCGGACCAUGUUUGGGGAUCUCGUUCGAAAUGUCAUCUUCCAUUUUCUGAAUUUUGCACAAGCAGUGGUUUUAACCAAGCCAUCGCCGGAGAAACUGUUCAAAUUCCUAGACAUGUAUGAUACCUUGAGAGAUGAACUGGACCCCAUCAUUGUACUCAUGAAAGAGGACGGUUUAGAGCGAUGUGUAGAGGAUUUGACUUACGAGACGUCCGCAACAAAGCACGGGAUCGUAAAUGUUGUUGUGGCAAUGUUCUAUGAUUUGGAAAACUCCAUUAAGGGUGAUAAUCAUAGAAUUCCUGUCCCCUAUGGUGCCAUUCAUCCAUUGACUCGAUAUGUCAUGAAUUAUCUUAAAUAUGCAUGUGAAUACAAACCGACGUUAGAGCAGAUAUUUUCGGAAUAUUUUAAGGAUCAAUGUGUUGCUACUAGUCAACAAGAAUUGGAUGGGACUGCGGCGAAAUCACCUUUUGUGGUUCAAUUGAUGAGAAUUAUGGAUCUUUUAGAUGAAAAUACGGAAAGGAAAUCCAAGUUAUAUAGGGAUAUGGCUUUGCGUUGUAUAUUUCUAAUGAACAACGGGAGAUACGUAGUGCAGAAGAUAAAAGGGUGCAUAGAGCUUCACGAGUCGAUGGGAGAUAAUUGGUGUAGGAGGAGGCAAACAAGUCUGAAGAUGCACCAUAAGAGUUAUCAAAGAGAGACUUGGAGUAACGUGCUCAAGUGCCUUAACCCGGACGGGCUUCACCAGCAAGGAAACAAGGUGUCUAGGCAGGUUUUGAGAGACAGGUUUAAGUGUUUUAAUUCCAUGUUUGAAGAGAUACACAAGACACAGAGCCAUUGGAUGGUGAGUGAUGAACAACUUCAAUCCGAGUUGAAGGUUUCUAUCUCUGCUGUGGUCAUACCCGCAUAUCGCUCCUUUUUGGGAAGAUUUAAACAUUAUCUAGAUUCUACUAAACAUGUUGAUAAGUAUAUUAAGUAUGCUCCCGACGACAUAGAAAUUUUGAUUGAUGAUUUUUUUGUAGGAAAUGCCACAUCCCUGACUCGAAAGAAGACAUGA